CCGGGACGCUAGCAGUGCGAGGAUUGAGCAACUGUACCCGACCUGACGUGCUCACACCUCGUGCGUAGCCAACGCCCACGGAAAAGCUUCCUUAGUUACUGAGGCGACCGCCAUGAUGACCGGUCUGUUGCUGGUGAUGCUGUCGGUGCUGGGAGCCUCGGAUGCGGCCAAGAUCCUGUCCGUCGUGGCGUUCCCGGCCGUCAGCCACCAACUACCCCUCAGGAUGAUAAGUCUGGAGCUGGCCAAGAGAGGCCACCAGGUCACCUUCAUCACCACCGACCCGUCCAAGAAAAGCAUCGCCAACUUUACAGAAGUUGACAUAUCUGCGUCGUACAAGUUUCUGAGAACAAGCGCAACCACCUGGGACUGGAUGACGAUGGUUCAUUUGUCAGCAACCGAUAAUAUACAUUCGUGGAAGGAACAGUUCCGUGGUAUUUGUGAGAGCGAGCUGAGUGCUCCAGAGAUGGUGGAAUUCAUAAAGUCACCUCCAAAAUUCGACCUGGUCAUUUUGGAACGGUUGCUGUCGCCGUGCUUCUACGGUUUGGUUCAUAAAGUGGGCUCCCCGCCUCUCGUCGGGUACAUCAGCAUAAACGCAGGCGUACCCAGCCUCUGGACCGAUGGAAACCCCAGCAAUCCCGCUUACAUUCCAAGCUUUAUGGUGCCCUUUUCACACCACAUGUCAUUCUGGGAGAGGCUUUACAUGACAUGGGUAUGGCUCUACACGAACUAUCGCUACUUCUACGUAAUGAUGCCGCAUCAAGAAGAAAUCAAGAGGAAAUAUUUCGGGCCUGACGUUCCAUCAGUUUAUGAAACUGAAAAAAAUUUCAGUUUGAUGCUUAUGGGUAACCAUUUCAGUAUAAACUACCCUCGACCGUACCUGCCGCACAUGAUAGAACUGACUGGACUACAUGUGGAACCAAACCCAGCACCUCUUCCUAAGGACCUACAGGAGUGGCUGGAUGGAGCAGAACAUGGCGCCGUAUACUUCAGUAUGGGUUCCACUGUCAUAGGGAGUUCGAUGCCUGAAGAUAAAAGACUGGCAUUUCUCGAGGGUUUCAGAAAAAUUCCACAGAGGGUGCUGUGGAAGUGGGAGGCCGACAUGGACGACCUGCCGCCCAACGUCAAAGUCUCAAAGUGGCUGCCUCAGCAGUCUGUACUGGCACACCCCAAUGUCCGUGUGUUCAUCACUCAGGGCGGUCUGCAGAGCUUUAACGAGGCAGCCUAUCACGGAGUUCCUCUACUGGGGAUUCCCUUCUUCGGCGACCAGCAACAUAAUGUAGCGAAAAUGGUCGACGCCGGUGUUGGCAUAGAGCUCAAAUUGUGGGACGUCACAAAAGACACGAUUUCGGACGGUAUUCGAACGAUUAUUGAGGAUAAAAGAUUCAGCGAGAACAUGAAGCGGUUGUCAGCUGUAUACCGUGAGCAUAAGGAAGAAAGCCUGCCUAAAGCUGUGAAGUGGAUCGAGUAUGUACUUCGCCACAAUGGAGCCCCACAUCUGCGUAGUGGUGGAAGAGACUUGGCCUGGUACCAAUACCUGCUGCUAGAUGUCGUUGCCUUCGUGCUGGCUGUUGUAAUGGCCUUUUGUAUAGCUCUCUACCACAUUGCUAGCUUUCUAAUCCACAAAUUGUUUAAAUCCAAGAAACUGAAAUCGAACUGAGG